UCUCAAAACUCUCCCAUUAAAGCAAUAAAAACUAACCCCUCAACCACCUUAACCACCCCCUUCUUCAACCCCAACACGAAUCCCUUUACAUUUCACCAUUUCAUUUGUCUCUCGUCUCUGUUAAAAGAAGUGUCAAACACAAACAACAUCUUAAAGCAGAGAUCCUCCCAGGCCCCUUUGCAUUCUGCACAUUCACCCGCUUUUGCAGCUCCUCCUUCAAUCACCAACGCCCUAACUUCAAGCAAUCACUCCCUACCUUCUUUGUGCUUAACAAACCCAAUUCUUCUUCGAUACCCACUUUCUCCGACUAUCAAUUCAAUUUCAGUUUCCACCCCCUUUCUCUAUCCGACCUUCUCGAGAGAAUAAUUCCUCAAUUCCCCCAAUUUGCUGAGGAUCCUCAAUUGGAUCAGUCGUCUGGGAAAGCUCGUUUUCUCCCUCCCCUCAAUGUGGCGGUCGUGGGGCAAAUCAACGGUUCGGAUUCACAAUACGUCGUCAUCGCCAUCUCCUUCCUCCUUCUCCUGCUCCUCAUUCAAAGACAUCCAAUCUCUCUGCCUCGACGAACCGCCGCAACCCUCAUCCUGCCGCGCCGCCACCGUAUUCCACCGCGUCCGAGUCGCCAGUUCGCUCCUCAGAACCUGGUCAGCUCAGCAGCAACACCAACCCAAGCUAACCAAGCCCGUUUCCCAUCCCGCCCCGAAAUCCGAUGCCGCAGUUCCGGAUCUACCUAACGGAACCCUCACGGUCCAAGCCGACACUCUUCCUACUCCGCCGCCGAUAAGCAUUCCGGGAGCGGAGCAACGCAUUGUUGUCUACUACACAAGUCUGCGAGUGGUGAGGUCGACUUUCGAGGAUUGCAGGAGCGUGCGAUUUAUUCUGCGAGGGUUUCGGGUGAAAAUGGACGAGCGAGAUGUGUCGAUGGAUGUGGGAUACAUGAGGGAGCUGAAGUCGAUUCUAGGGGAGAAGAACGUGACGCUGCCGCGCGUGUUCAUCGGGGGUAGGUACAUCGGCGGCGCGGAGGAGGUGAGGCAGCUGAACGAGAUAGGCGAGCUCAAGAAAAUCGUGGAAGGCUUGCCCGCAGCGGAUUUAGGAGCGUGUGACGUGUGCGGUGGAUAUAGGUUCAUCCUCUGCGAGGAGUGUAAUGGUAGCCGCAAGAUGUACACAGAGAAAACUGGCUUCAAAACUUGCACGGCUUGCAAUGAGAAUGGUCUAAUCAGGUGCCCCUCUUGUUGCUGUGCUCCUCUCUGGUGAACGGUGAUCACGCUGAUCAUCAAACAUGAAGUGCUAAAGUAACCUAUGGGAGCGAAUCCAAGACCACCGUGGGGCAUCUUUGCCGCCAGGCAAUGUCCUAAACUGAGCACUCUGAAUUCAAUUUGAAUUCCUAACUGUUUGAUGAAGGGCGUAGAUGAGUAUGUCUGAUCUUUUCUAGUAGAGUAGACAUAAUGUAUUUCUGCUGAUAUCAGCGCAGGCGUACUAUAAAUUGAAUUGGUCCCAUCGUCUCUUGCAAUGAA